GGCAUUUCUGUAGUAAGAUACGAUAAUUACGGGGUCUAUCGUCACUUUAGUAUUACUCCUCCUCGUCGGUCGUCUUCUUCAUUUGUCCGUGAAGCUGAGGAGAAGUGACGAGAAGAGGGAAGCUCCGAUCUGUUAGGGUUAUUUUAUUUCAAGGUAAUCAAUCACAUUCUCCAAUCAUUCAAAAGGUUUACGCUCUAGAUCUUUCAUUUCCGGAAGAGUUAAGGAGAAAUAAAUGGCGGCGGGACCGGGAGGUGGAAGAUCGAUGCUUGGAUCCAUGCUUCUGUUUACGGUGGUCCUCUCGCUUCAAGAAGUGUAUAGAGGGAAAUUAGCUUCUUCGGAGCUGUUCACGAUCCUUGGAGGCUUCACUAGCUCACUCCUCUUUCUCUUCUCUCUCACAUUCAUAGGAAAUCUCCAGGAGUCUUCUGGCACGAAGAGUAGCUGGGGUGCAGUGGUUAUUGCGGAGAUCAUAGCUCUUGUAGCUGCUAGCACGGUGCAUCGAGUUUGUAUUACAACCUGUUUUUUGUUCUCUGCUGGGCUGUUAUACGAGAUGAACAAGAUCUCUGGAUACAUGCUCUCUGAGUCAAAAUCUAAAAAACAUUGAAUUAGAGAACAGGAUAAUGUGUUUAUUUUUGUUUAGCACUAAAAGAUUCAAGGAUACUUCCAACUUCAUGAACUAAAGACUUAGAAUUUCUGCAUCUUAUGCUUGGUCGAUUUUGUACUUGUGUUUAUGACUCUAUGUUCUUGGAGAAAGUUAGUCAAAUAAUAUAUAUCUAGUUUUGAAUUA